CUCCAGCCACCAUUUUCCUCCGCUUCUACUCCACCAAGCCAAAAACAAAACGGUGAGCUCCGCACUUUUCACACACUCACACACUUGCUCCUUUGGAUGAAGAGAGUAGGGUUUUAGGAGUAAUUUAUAUCCUCUAAUGACGACGAUUUCGGCUGCUUUAUCUGCUUCGAGAUUACCGGAGAUUAAAUUCUUGUCGCCGGAUGCUUCUAGCCAGCGGCGGCGGCGGCUGCUGCGCUUCGCGGUUUAUAGAAGGCUGAAUUUUGAGUUGGAACGGAGUUUAGGUCGCCGGAGUUGGAGGAUUUUAGCGGCGAAGAGGGAAGAAGGAACGGCUGUGGUGGAGGAGAAAGAGAGUGAAAUUUUAACUCAGUUGAAUGGGAGUUUGAAUGGCAACUCCAGUGGAAGUUGUGGUGGGAUUAGUGGCUUGGAAGUGGAGGAGUAUACGAAUGGAAGUGUGAAUGGGAGUUUAGUUAAGUAUGUGGACGGGAAUGGGAAUGGAGGAGUGGGGCUGAGGAGUAAAGAGGAGCUGGUGGCAGUGAUGGUGGAGGAUGAGGAAGAGAAGAGGAAGAGGAAUAUAGAGGAAAUUGGGCGAGAAGAGGCGUGGUUUAAGCAAAGCGAAGACCAGCAAGUUGAGGUAUCUGUUGCUCCUGGGGGUCGAUGGAGCAGAUUUAAGACAUAUUCAACGAUUCAAAGGACCUUGGAAAUAUGGGGAUUUGUUCUAACUUUUGUAUUCAGGGUUUGGUUGAACAACCAAAAAUUCUCCUACCGAGGUGGGAUGACAGAGGAAAAGAAAGUUCAGAGGCGAAAGGUCCUUGCUAAGUGGCUGAAGGAAAAUAUCUUGAGAUUAGGACCUACAUUUAUCAAAGUUGGCCAGCAGUUCUCGACAAGGGUAGACAUUCUUGCUCAAGAAUAUGUUGACCAAUUGUCAGAACUUCAGGAUCAAGUUCCUCCUUUUCCAUCAGAAACUGCUGUAUCUAUUGUUGAGGAAGAACUUGGAGCUCCAGUGGAUGAUAUGUUCGACCGAUUUGAUCGUGAGCCAAUUGCUGCUGCUAGUCUUGGUCAAGUCCAUCGUGCAAAAGUGAAUGGACAAGAAGUUGUUGUUAAAGUACAAAGGCCUGGACUGAAGGAUCUUUUCGAUAUCGAUCUUAAAAAUCUGAGGGUAAUUGCAGAAUACCUUCAAAAGAUUGAUCCAAAGUCAGAUGGUGCAAAAAGGGACUGGGUUGCCAUCUAUGAUGAGUGUGCAAAUGUUUUGUAUCAGGAAAUUGACUAUACAAAGGAAGCUGCUAAUGCUGAGUUGUUUGCAGCUAACUUUAAGGACAUGGAUUAUGUUAAAGUUCCCAAGAUAUGUUGGGAGUACACCACUCCACAGGUUCUGACGAUGGAAUAUGUCCCAGGGAUAAAAAUAAACAGGAUACAAGCUUUGGACCAGUUGGGUGUUGAUCGCAAAAGGUUGGGUAGAUAUGCCGUCGAAUCUUACCUUGAACAGAUUUUAUCUCAUGGCUUCUUUCACGCCGACCCUCAUCCUGGCAAUAUUGCUGUAGAUGAUGUUAAUGGUGGAAGGUUGAUUUUCUAUGACUUUGGAAUGAUGGGAAGUAUAAGCCCAAAUAUCAGAGAAGGCUUGUUGGAUGUAUUUUAUGGAGUUUAUGAGAAGGAUGCGGACAAGGUCCUUCAAGCAAUGAUUCAGAUGGGUGUUCUUGUGCCUACUGGAGACGUGACUGCUGUUAGACGAACUGCACAGUUCUUCCUUAACAGCUUUGAAGAACGCCUUGCUGCACAGAGAAGAGAACGGGAAAUGGCUGCAACAGAACUUGGAUUUAAAAAGCCAUUGAGCAAGGAGGAGAAAAUAGAGAAGAAGAAGCAACGUUUAGCUGCAAUAGGGGAAGAUUUAUUAGCCAUUGCAGCUGAUCAACCCUUUAGAUUUCCUGCCACAUUCACUUUUGUUGUCAGAGCAUUUUCAGUGUUGGAUGGAAUAGGGAAAGGCCUUGAUCCUCGAUUUGAUAUCACUGAGAUAGCCAAACCCUAUGCUCUGGAGUUGCUGAGGUUUCGUGAAGCUGGUGUUGAAGUUAUCUUGAAGGACUUCAGAAAGAGGUGGGAUAGACAAUCCCGUGCAUUCUACAACUUAUUUAGGCAGGCUGAUAGAGUUGAAAAGCUGGCUGAAAUCAUUCAGCGACUGGAGCAAGGAGAUUUGAAGCUUCGUGUCAGGGCUUUGGAAUCUGAGAGAGCUUUCCAAAGAAUUGCUGCUGUCCAGAAGACAAUAGGAAGUGCAGUUGCUGCUGGAAGCUUAAUCAACCUUGCAACAAUUCUGUAUAUCAAUUCUAUCACUAUGCCCGCAUCCAUAGCAUAUGCCAUCUGUGCAUUUUUUGGCUUGCAAGUUCUUAUUGGGGUUGUGAAAGUGAAGAAAUUAGAUCAGCGAGAGAGGUUGAUAACUGGAACUGCCUAGACCUUGAUUCAAAGUGAGUUCAUCAAUAGGGAGACGUCAUUUCUGAUGAAAGCAACUUCCUCCCAUCCUGCAAAACCUGAAGAAGUGCAGAACUGGUAAAAUCUAUUAAGAAUUACCAUCACGAUAUUACGGAAGGAGCUGCUUGGUCGUCCUGGUGGUUGAGGUCCAGGGGCAUCCUGCUGGUAAAGGCUUGAGGUCCAGGGUCAUCCUACUAACAAGGAUCGAGGUCCAGGCAAGUUAACGUGAAGACAAUGAGCUUUACACAUUUAGUCAAAGUUGUUUUUUAUGAUAGCUGAAGGCACUUGGCUGAGUUUUCAAACUUCUCAACAAGAAUGUCUCCUUAAGCUCGUUUGUGGCAGGCUAUAAUAACUCUGCUGUCUGACUUCUUGGAGCCCUUGUGUAUAGAUGUAUGUAACUUUGUAGAUUUUUUACAUCAAAAUUGUUAGACCAUUGUAUAGCAUGUGUAAUGCAUAUAGCAAUUCUUGUAACUACAACCUCCUCUUAGGAAGUUUUGAUCCAAUUGUACCCUGUAAUGCCAUAGACUAAAAAAUGUCAUUCUUUAGAUGACAGAGAUUUUUAAGAACUUCAGUUUAUGCCAUUCAAGUCAGAUAUAUAAUGCUUGUGUUUCUA